AUGCAUUGUCCAGAUCAAAUCCUCUCUGCCCUCAGACCUCUCAUGAAACCCAAGAUUGUAAAAAAGAGGACCAAGAACUUCAUCUGGCACUGGUCAGGCCAAUAUGUCAAAAUUAUGUGGAACUGGUGGAAACCCAGAGGUAUUGAUAGUAGGGUAUGCAGAAGAUUCAAGGGCCAGAUCCUGAUGCCCAACGUUGGUUAUGGGAGCAACAAGAAAACAAAGCACAUGCUGCCCAGUGACUUUUGGAAGUUCCUGAUUCACAACGUCAAGGAGCUUGAAGUGCUGCUGAUGUGCAACAAAUCUUACUGUGCUAAGAUUGCUGACGUCUCCUCAAAGAAUGGCAAUGCCAUUGUGGAAAGAGCAGCCCAGCUGCCAUCAUAUCACCUAUCCCAAUGCCAUGCUGUGCAGCAAAGAAAAUAA